CGCGGAAAGGAGUACACGCACAUGCGUACUCUGAUAACUUACCUUGGCAACUGAAAACAACACGAAGAAAAGUUUAGCAUUUGCGAUGUGCUGUGAGUGGUAAACGAUGUUUUCAACACUUCUUUCAUAAAGGAAAAAGCCAGCCUAGCCUAAAUAUGUCUAGUUUUGGAAAAUUUACUACGAUUUGAAAGUUUACAUUUGAGAAAAGUGUUCAAUGGCUGGUGUAGAAACUAUCAGUAGCCCACCUGUAGGUGCUAAUGUUGGGAGAAUGAACCAAGGCUCACGGCCGUCUAGUAGAGUAGGUUUCAUAGAAGCAAGGCCUCAUUCACGCCAGGGAUCACAGUGUGGCUCUCCAAGUCCAACAAGUGAUGUACUUCAUCCAAGACCUCCCUCUCAUCCACGAUCAGGCAGUGAUCGUGGUAGUCCAUCCUUCGAAAGACCUCCAUCUGUGAGAUCUCUUCGCUCCAAAGCAGAGAUGGCAGAACAUUUGUCACCAAUUGUAAAGAGUGCAGUACGCAGAUGGAAACGCUUCCAUGAACAGAGAGUAUUUGAACGUUUUAAAAUGCGUAAAAAUGCAAAGGAUGAGCAUAUUAGGACAGUUAAAGAAGAAAAAUUGCGACUUGCCCGAAAAAUUCCAAUUGACGUACUUGCACUUGAAUGGAUGAACAGGAAUGAAGUAACUGUCGAAACUCGUGCCUACCUUUUGGAUAAGCUGUUACCGACUUUGAUCUUGGGUGUAGAGAAACUUCUGACUGAAGUUGAAAAGAAAGGUUUAGCAGACACCACAGACCCUAAUCCUAAUUUUAAUCCCAUUAAUUACUUGGCACAAUAUUUAAUGAGAAACAACCCAAGAUACAGCAACUUCCCAGAGGCUUCUCCUUAUAUCCGUGGAUUGAAAGAUGUGACAGAUGAACUAAAGGAACAUGUUUUUUCUUUUGAAGACAACAGAUUGGCUAGAGCUAAGGCAGAGGCACGCAAACGACGUGAAGAACAACAAAGGAUUGUUCAACAGAAGCAGAUAGAACAGAGGCUACGUUCAGCCCGUAUUAAAGAUAAUUUGAAAGAAUGGAUGAGGAAUUCAGAGGGCAAACUUGAAAUGAGACUGCUUCAAUCUUCACUGCAAUCUUUUGUUGAGAUACUACAGCAAAUGCCUGAUGAACUUCAACAAGCUUCAAAAUUCACAAUCGAUAUCGAACCAGUUGAUAAUCCUGACAAGAAGGUAACCCCUGAUACAUUUUCUGAGUUUUUAAAGAAACAUGUUAAGGAUAUGCCAGUAGACAUAUUUACUGAGUUUAUGAAGCACAUGACCAAUUGUGCCACUGCAUUCUGCAAGUCGAACGAGAAGGAAUUGCAGCGCUCUCUACUCUCCAACCUCUUCAAGAGGUGUGACCACACAAAUCUUGGAAUCCUUGAUCGCCACCGGGUGAUAGCCCUGCUUGAGUCUUUUUGGGAUAAUGCUAAUUGGUCUAUCAAAUGCCUCCUGAGGAACCCAAGAAAAUGGCCUGUUAUCGAGAUUGAUGAGGAGGAUGAUUCCGAGAGUGUUGCUACAGAAGGUUCUAUCCCAUAUUCACAAUCCAAUGUAGAUGAGUGUGUUUCUGGUAUCCAAUCAGUUUCAAGAGACAUUCAGCAAGAAGAUGGGGAACAACAAAAGGUCUCAGAAUCAACAGAAAAGCCAAAAGAUGAGGAGGCAGAGACAAAGAAAGAUGCUGAUAACACACUUGACAAUAUGGAAAAGCAAGAGGUUAGACCAACUGGUGAGGGGGAAAACAUUCAGCAUGUUACCAACCCAGUAGAUCAGGAACCAAAACCUGAAGCGUCUUCAAAAGACACUGCUGUUCUUGAAGAGGAAGUUUCUGAUGAAAAAGAACUUCCUGAACAAAAAGAUACAGUUGAAGAGAAGGAAAGUGUUGGAGAACAAAUCACUGAAUUGAAGGAAGAAACUACAGAACAAGAAGCAAUAGCAACCAGGGAAGCGACUUCAGAUGAAAAGACUUCAACACCACAACCAGCAGCAGAAGAAAAGAUAGAGAAAACACCCGUACAGCAGGAAAGUAAAGUAGAUGUUGAUGAAUCCCAGCAAACAAAGCCGCAUGAGGAAGCACAGCCAACUGACACUGAAGGGGAAGUACCAGCAGCUGAGGCAACAAUCUUUGAAAAACAAGGAGACAAAACUGAAGACCAAUCAGAAAUAGCAAAGGAACCCAUCCCAAAAACAGCCACAUCGAUUGGCCAAACCAGUGUCAGUUUCAGAGAUGAUGUAGCCAGUCCUAAAACAAAUCAAUCCUAUGGCCAAUCCAAUAGAAGUGGCUCAGUGACUACAAGUGCAUUUGAUGAGCACACGUUGAAUCAGUCGCAAUUUACGCAGCUCAUUGAAGUGUUCUUAGGAGAUGAGAUGCCUGAUGGCAUUCUUGAUGAGUUGAUGAAGUUCAUAAGGGAGGGGUAUGUAGAAACAGAGGAUGAGAAGAUGAAACGUAUGCGUCAGGCUCGUCAGGCGGUACAAACAGCAAAACGUCGUCAUGUAAUGGAUCAGCUGUUUGAUCGGUGGGAUAAUGAUGGCUCGGGAUUCCUAGAUCUUGAUGAACUGCUUACUGUACUCACAAAGUUCAAAGAAAAUAUGGAGUCAAAGGUUAUUAAGAAUGCUUUAACAACCUUGAAUAAAAAAGAUGGUGACAUGCGGCUCAACAAAGUAGAGUUUCAGACUUACAUCAAGGCCAUCUGUGAACAGCUUCCAGGAGGCGAUGAUAACUUUGAUCCAUUGAUGGAGUUUCUUAUGACCAGCGUUGAGAGAUCGUAUGAAGAAAGGAUCAGAGGUCAAGCAAGAAAAAAGUGGUUGGGACAAAUUGUCCAGUCAGCUCAGACCAGUGGUGCUAGCCUUGGCCCGGUCUUCAAAGCAGUAUUCAACGCAUUGUAUAAAGAUGCUGAGCAGCAUGGGCAUGGAAAGCGCAUCAGUGCCAAUAUUGCCUUGCUUGAGAACAACGACUUGGCCCCACACCGUGGCCCAACUUUACUACGCUACGUUGCAGCAACUGCAGAUGAUGCUCACUUCAUGCUUGGGAAGAGCCUCUACAGAGAUAUGAGAGGAAUCAGUUUUUCAUCCGUCGAUACUGGUAAACCAUUGCAUGUCCCAAGAGUCCAGAACCAUGGGAACAUCAUGUUCUUCAAUAAUGACAGAUCUGAUGAGAAAUAUAAGAAGCUCUCUAUCGAUAACUACGAGCCUGGCAAAGAUCGUCAAGGAUCUUUUAUUGUGAUUCCAUUAAAGGAUCUCAAGCGAAAUGUAUUUGGCACAAUGGGAAUUGACACGCUGAAUGACCCUCAAGAAAAGAGUAUCUUUAUCACACAUGAGAUCAGCUUCUUUCAGGGUGUGGGCAAAGCAUUUAGCACAGCAUACAAUUACAUUGAUAUCCGACGCAAGACACUCCGUAUUGCGGAGAGCGCCAUAUCUUGGAUUCAUCGUCGUAGUCCACAUGUUGUACAAGUCAAUGUGUUCAUUGUUGAACCGGAUGAGAAGCUGGAAGAUUUUGUGCUUCGUAAAAUGCUGACAACUGAUCGCCAUGGUAACACUACAACCCAUGAUAAUCCACAAAAGUUAGAGAGGAAGGAGAACUUAUUCAGGGAUUACCUCUUUAAGUGCGUUGACAAUUCAGAGACUGUUGCAGCCGAUGCAUACGGUGAACGUCACAUGGCUUUUCCACUACGUGAUCCUGAUGGUCGUGCUGUAGCUGUUGUUGAUAUCAGUAUUGGUGAUUUAAAAGAGCUUCCAAACCAUGAAAAUAAAGAGGUGCAGCGUAUGCUUAAGCUGUUACAGACAGCUCACAAAGAAGUCUCUCAGGAAUCAGCAGGCGGGGACAAGACUAUCGUGUUAGAGGCUGAAAAAGACAGCGAACAAAACCGCAUUGACAUCAUGUUUGAUCGUAUCAUGCUGAUGGAUCUACGAGAGAACGUUGGAAAGUUGAAUGCACGUGCAUUUGCUGAGCUCAAGAGUUACAAGGAACCACCAAAGGUCAUUCAUGACAUUGUGGUAUCAGUCUUGACUCUGUUCUUCCAGGACAAAUCCGAAGCCGGGGAAUUAGAACAGUGGAAUAACUGUAAACAGUUGAUUAGCAGUGACCUCAUCAACAAAAUUGGUGAGUUUGAUCCUACCGCCUCUGAAGCAGUUAACUCGGUUCAGAAGAUAGCUGGCAGAUUGAAAGAUGUCCCCCAUGGUGCAGUGGCCAAGCACGGCUCACUUCCAGCCCAGCAAUUAUACAACUGGGCCUUUGUGUGUCUCUCUUUGCUGGAACACAGUAAGAAAAUGAACGACAAACGACCAGGUGUAACACAAGUAGCGGCCCCUACACCCCAGUCCGAUGCUGUAGCCGAGAGCUGUUAGGUUUUAAGAUAUAAAAUUGUAAAUAAAAAAUGUUUUUUGUUAUAUGAUAUAUUGAAAUAAGUUGUAAUAAAAUUAUGCUGUACAAAUUGAUUGAAUUGAAA